AGAGGGAGGAGGAGAGUCGGCAGUCAUCUGAUUCUUUUCCUGUCCCACCCUCUACCGGACUGACGGGAGGAGUUCACGGUAAACGGGCUCAACGCACCGACUUUGCGAGCGUCUCUGAGCCGCGCGAAUGAAGACGAUCGACGCGGAGCGGUAGAAACGACGCGACGGCAUUGAAACAGCUAGACGCGAUCAGCCGCGCGCCUCUUCCUGCUCCAGCCGCCCAGAAAGAAGUUCCAGAACUCGAGCAGAACUUCAGAAACCCAUCAGACCCGCGAUGAUCGGUCCGGACGGAGAAACCUGACGACGCGAUCCAGCCGAGCGCGUUUCUGAGCGCGUUUGGCCGCGGGUCGAAGCGGCUUUUCCUGCUAUUCUUCUUCUGAGCGCUUCCUGCUCGGGCAAAACCACCAGCAGCUAAAAAUACUGAGCCCUCAAUGGAGCCCUGAGCACAGACUUCAACUCUCCAGGGCCGAUGCCGAUGGGUUUUAGAAGGACUUGAGAUCUUGUUGAGAUGUUUUCCUCUCCUAUGUGAUGUUUUCGGGGUAAAUGCUCCUCGAGUGACUGAUUUGGCAUCUACAUGGGGAUCGAUGUCUGAUGGAGACGCUUCCACCGAUGAUCCGGGCGUACAGGGUUGUGACGAACCCACCUGAACUUCUACAUCACACUUCUUCUGAUUUCACUCAAAGCGCCUUGUAAACGCUCAAUGGAGCCACUGAAGAACAUAUUCUCCCACGGGCCGCUGUCCCCCUGGAAGAGCCUGGAUCAGAAUCAGAAGGGCAGCUUCACCAACCCGGUUUGGACCGCUUUGUUCGAUUACGAGGCUGCGGGGAAAGACGAACUCACGCUGCGUAAAGGGGACCUGGUGGAGGUCCUGUCUCUGGAUUCAGAGAUAUCCGGAGACGAAGGAUGGUGGGCGGGAAAGGUCAACAACAAGGUGGGAAUCUUCCCCUCCAACUACGUCUCCUUCAAGCCCAGCGGAUACGGUGAGCUGCAGGGCUCCAGUUUGGGACCGAGCGAGUUGGAGCCGGAGACGGUGGACUUCAGCGAGCUGAGUCUGGAGGAGGUCAUUGGGGUCGGCGGGUUCGGGAAGGUCUACCGAGGGACCUGGAAGGGUGAGUUGGUGGCAGUGAAAGCGGCCCGUCAGGAUCCGGACGAGGACAUCAGCGUCACAGCCCAGAAUGUCCAGAACGAGGCCCGGCUCUUCGCCAUGCUCCAGCACCCCAACAUCACCGCGUUUAAGGGCGUUUGCCUGCAGGAGCCUAACCUGUGCCUGAUCAUGGAGUACGCGUCUGGCGGCCCGCUGAGCCGCGCUCUGGCCGGACGACGGAUCCCACCGCACGUUCUGGUCAACUGGGCGGUGCAGAUCGCCCACGGGAUGCAGUACCUGCACAACGAGGCCAUCGUCCCCGUCAUCCACCGAGACCUCAAGUCCAACAACAGUGAGUCCACGUCCUUCUGUUCUAGACAUGCUCACUUUCCAGCAGACAUUUAUGCUGUUUUAUUCCAAGAUACUUACUUUGGAUUCAAGCUGUAUAUUAUAUAA